CUAUUCCUCCCACUGACACUAAUGAUGGGACACUAUUCCUCCCACUGACACCAAUGAUGGGGCACGAUUCUUCCCACUGACACCAAUGAUGGGGCACUAUUCCUCCCACUGACCAAUGAUGGGGCACUAUUCCUCACCACUGACACUAAUGAUGGGACACUAUUCCUCACACACUGACACGAAUGAUGGGGCACCAUCAUUGGUGCCAGUGGGAGGAAUAGUGUCCCAUCAUUGGUAUCAGUGUGGGGGGAAUAGCGCCCCAUCAUUGGUAUCAGUGGGAGGAAUAGUGCCCCAUCAUUGGUGUCAUUUGGAGGAAUAGUGCCCCAUCAUUGGUAUCAGUGGAAGGAAUAGUGCCCCAUCAUUGGUAUCAGUGGGAGGAAUAUGGGAGGAGUAGUGCCUCAUCAUUGGUAUCAGUGGGAGGAAUCAU